AUGCCACUUCUUGACGCUUCCGCCAAAUCUUUGCCUGAGCUCUAUCUCCAGCGGGCUGCCACCAUCCUCGGAAUGACAGCUCAUGCGUUUGUUCGCCUGGAAGGAAGCGAGCCUCUUACAUUGAAAUAUGAUCGCCAUAGCGAUAUACUACCGCCAUCACUUGUUAUUCCGUGGGCUAUCGUGUGUGAACGUCUUGGGCGAUCAACUCCAGCUCUUACCUUAAUUGAUAUGAUGGUAGCAAAUUUUGAAUCAACUAGCUUGUCAUAUAGCGGUGUGAUGCUGGAAAAUUUGGAGUUGCUCGUUCCAACAGUCGGCAACAUAGAAGAGCGUACGUUCUUUGGAAUAAUGAUUGAAAUGAACGCUAAAGCAAUACCAAUCCUUCAUCAGAUCAUUGAGGCUCAAAGAUCUGUCUUGGCUCGAAACUCUUCUUCGCUGAAAGAUGCAAUACAAAACCUCCACACGUUAAUCAAACAGAUCACCAGAACCCUAGAGAAGAUCCAUGCGAAUCGAUCUCACAAGAGUCAUAUUGAUCCUCUCAUUUGGACGGUCACUGUAGCGAAUUUAGGAAUUCCUUGGCUGAAAGACGUGGUAGGGGCUGCAGGCACAGCGCACCCCUUCUUCCACAUGAUGGAUGAAUUUACUGGACGGUCUGAAUAUCAGACGGGUAUCGGCAAAGAAGCGAAAGCUGUUCGAGCUAUAUAUCCCAUUCAUUGGCGACAGUUCCUUGAGGCUAUCAGGGAAGUUUCUAUCACGGAGUACAUCGUUACCUCAAAGGAUAGACAAUUGAUGGAAAUCUGGGACGCUUUUACAUCCGCUUACCAUGGUAAAGACGGUCUAUUGGGAGCUCACCGGAGAAAAGUGUUGGGUUUCCUUGCUGUCUCAUUCAGGAUCGGUCGAGAUACAACUAUCAAUGGUCUAGGCCGCAGGCGCAGGAAUAAGCCUUGGCUAGAAGCCGAUCAGGAAUUGGAAAAAGCACGCUUAGAACGGAGAAGUCUUGAUCGAGAUGAACAUUUGACAAGUAACAGACCUGGUUUAAAUAAUUUCUUUAUGUCCGAACUAAUAAAAAAUAAUUCGGAAGAAAUUGGGUAUUGGUUUUCGGCCGAGGGAAGUGUUUACGAUGCGAGCACUUUUAUGCAGAGACACCCAGGUGGUGAUACCGUCAUCGGGCUAAGCAGCGGCCAAGAUAUAACCGACAGCUUGAAGGCAGUCGGCCAUUUGUCAAACCCUUCGAUCCGAAACAAACUUGAGACCUAUCGUAUCGGGAUCCUGAAAUACCCCAAGUUUGCUUCUUCAAAAGUGAAAGAAGCCUACUUAACCGCCGUUGAUCUUGGUCAAAAGGCAGCCGAAAUGGAAAAUGUACACCGGAGAAACUUUCAGUUGUUGAAUGGUAAAAUUACAGCGCUAGACGAACCUGAGGUUCUGACACCCAAAAAGGCGCGCCACUUACUUGAUGCAAAAAGAAGGCUUCAGGAUGAACACGUGCCGGCAUUAGCGAUGCUUCUGGAUAACCUACUCGAUGAUAUUGCGAAACUGAUUAUAGACCUUGAUCUGAGCCCUAUUCGAGCUCAAACUAUCGAUCUUAUUUCGCGAGUAGGAAAAGUAGGCACCAAAGCCUGGCUCUCAUCCUACAAUGUGGCGGUAGAUAUGCUAGUUUCAGACUUGAGUCAGUUGACUCAGAUUAAAAAGCUUGUUGCUACAACUCUUGAAAUUUUCGAAGACGAUGACUUUAUGCGUUCUAAGCGAAGUCAGUUUGAAUUAAUUAUAAAAGAUUUGAAUAGCGUAGCGAAUCUAUUAAUAAAUUUAGCGAGAAAAUAA